AUGCAGGAGAACGUGGUGGACAGGUUGGUGUGGGACUCCAGGGAGAGAGACAGGGAGCUCUGCCUUGUCAAGGGGAAGAACGAAGACGAUUGUAAUAAUUAUAUCAGAGUGCUAGCUAAGGCUGGAGAUGACCAGCUGCUGGUGUGUGGAACUAACAGCUACAAACCCCGGUGUCGCUACUACCGGGGCGCAGGGCGGAGAAACUUUGAGGCGGAGAAGUCAGGGCGGAGGCCGGGAGCUGAUAUGGGGCGGAGGUCGGGUUGGGAGGUUGAAAAGGAGUUUAGCGGAGUUGGAUAUUGUCCGUAUGAUCCUAAACACAACUCUACAUCUAUAUAUACAGGUGGUGCGCUGUACAGUGGAACUGUAUCGGAUUUCUCUGGGUCUGAUUCUUUGAUCAUCAAGGAACAAGUUAGAACCGAGCAGUACAACUUCAAACACCUAAACGGUCCUGAUUUUGUUGGAUCGGCCGAGGAUGAGGACUUCGUCUACUUCUUCUUCCGGGAGGAGGCUGUAGAGUUCAUCAACUGUGGCAAGAAUGUGUAUUCUCGCGUUGCUCGAGUGUGUAAGAAGGACCAGGGUGGUCCUCGAAACUCUAAGAAUCGAUGGACCACAUUUUUGAAAGCCCGGCUUAACUGUUCAAUACCGGGCAUCUUCCCAUUCUACUUUAAUGAGAUUCAGUCUGUUUACCAGGUAAUUAUUAUUAUUAUUAUUAUUAUAGACCGUGUGUUUGGAGUGUUCAACACCCCUGACAAUGCUAUCUCUGGAAGUGCAAUCUGUAGUUUUAAUAUGGAGGAUAUUCACAAGGCGUUUGCUGGUGAUUUCAAGGUACAGAAUGACCCUAACUCCAACUGGCUGCCGGUCAAUCGUCCUGAUAAGCCUGGAACCUGUAGGAACAGUUCAGAGGACCUCACAGAGGAACAUCUCAACUUUCUCAAGGAUAAUGUGCUUAUGGAUGCCGCUGUACCGUCAGCAUACAAUCUCCCGCAUUUUGUAAAGACAAGUCCUCACGAGCGACUUACGUCGAUUGCGGUCGACCCAAAGGUUCUGACCGCAGAUGGUCGGAAAGUUGACGUUCUUUUUGUUGGCACAACCCGGGGUAGGAUUCUCAAAAUGGCGACUUUCGAUAAUGGCGGAAUUCCUCAAACAAACUUGAUAGAAGAUCUUCAGCUGUUUCCCUAUCACGUGGCUGUGAACAACCUUCUCAUAGUUCUAGCACGGAACGGAUCAGAAAAUGGCGGACAAAUUCAAAAUGGCGCCAAUCUGGUGGCUUUGAGUGAUCAUGAGGUGAAGAGUGUUCCUAUGCAUAGAUGUGGGGCUCAGACCAUACAAAACUGUGCAGCUUGUGUUGCUUUACAGGAUCCCUAUUGCGCGUGGAGCGUAGAGGAUGAGGCGUGUACUGAGCACGCCGGAAGCGCGCAGGAUACAAGCACGCUACUCCAGCAGGUCAGCACAGGCGCUCACCCUGGCUGCCCCAACAGCAAAACUGUCGAAGGAUUAAGAGUUUCCAACACAGUUUAUGAAACAAUCACAUUCUUUGACGAGGAACCCUACUCUCAUCCUAGAGAAAGACCGUAUAUAAGCCACAACAGCUUCUACUCGCCACAGACCUUUGCUAUCGGCGUAAUAUUCGCCGCAUUGGCCGCCCUGCUGGUUGGGGCAGGGGCCGGUCAUCUUGUGACCCGGCGAUACAUUGAACAGCAUUCUUAUCUCAAGUGUGGACAUGCUUACCUGGAGGCACAAGCUAUGGACAGAACUAGAAAGGAGGAAACCAGCCAUUACACUGAACCAAACUUUAUCCCGACCCCCUCCCUCCCUCCCUUCUCCUCCUCCUCAUCAUCCUCCUCCUCCUCCUCCACCACCUCAAGCACCUCCCCCUUGACCCCGACCUCGACGACCCAGAACAACCUGUUGGUCAACAUACCGGAGAAGAAUAAAACGGAAAAACAGAAUAUCUCAAUCACUACCAACAUGCCUCUCAACAAGCCACAAAAAAUCUAUAUUUGAAAACAAAAAGUUAAAAACUUUUUUUUAAAGAAAAUUCACUCAGUUUAAGAAAUCUGAAUAGGUGUGGGGGGGGGAUGGGAGAACAGACCAGUGAUGCAAUGUUUUUUAAAUUGAAAAAGUACAAAUAUUUUGAAAAAAUGUGUAUUAGCAAUCUCAUUGAACGUUUACAGAGCUGCACUAUAAACAUUUGUUGUAAAUUUUAAAGGCCCCAAAAAAAU